AUGGCUUUUCCACCAACUUCACAAUGCUGUCGAGCCGUCCGCCGUCACCUCCGACCACAGUACGAUAGCAUCUGGAUCCCCGACAGCUUACUCGCAACCGCUUUCGAACGAUACUGCGCUACGUCGCGAACAGCUGCCCGCUAUGGCUCGUCUUUACCCGGUCCAAUGGAGAAUAGGAGGCGGCUCGGAAAGAGGCAUAUGGGAGAGCUCAACUUUGGACAAACACACCCUUCUGCGCCGCUCUGGCAGUUGGAGAAUCUCGUCGACUUGACACAAUGGCAAUGGAAGUCGCCGACAUCACCCGACACCCGCGCUCGAGAUCGUGAGAAACAUGCACAGAAACGGACACUGGGCCACCGCGCCCUAGACUUGUUUCAUGGGCUUCUACUGCACAAUCCGAGGUCGAGUGCAGACGUAAUCAGGAGAUCACAAGAGCUCGACGGGACGUCCGUUUCCCAAGAACCCGUUUCAGGAGGCGUGGUCGGGGCUCAACAAGCUGUCUCGCUGGAUCGGAGUAGAGAAGCACCGGCAAAAGCAUUAUGGGUUGUCAAUGGUUUUCCAUUGGACUUUGUUGACACGGGCUUGGAACUCUUACUCGCUGACCUAUCCACUUCUUCGUCGGUAGAGACCAUGCCCAACGUUACGCGAGUCUGUGUUAGUUGGCAGCGCCUUUUGGCGGGAGGCCACGUUAGUGGCAAAGCUAUUUGCCCUACCUUGAAAGGUAUCAGAGAAGGCCUCGACAUGGGGACUUCUGCUGCCAAACCGAACUUGACGAUUGAAAAUCUCAAGAUGCGACUGUUCGAAGCGACAAUAGACGGCCUCUCCUCUAGGGAACGUGAAGAUCCCACACACUUCGACAACUAUGCUUGGACUGGCAUUCUUCACGAGUUAUCCCAACUUCGAAUGAACAAUAUCCGGGUCUUUGCAAGAGCUAUGGAGUGUAUCCCCCGCAAACACCUCGAGACACAGCUUCCAGGAAUUUCAGCCAACCUAGACACUUAUCUACGCGGCUUGGAACGAGCAACGGACGACUCAAGCCUGGUACGGCAGUCUACCAAGAUGGCCGAGGUCUUGAAGAGGACCGGGGUAUCUGACCUCCCCGACCUCCCCGACCUAUUGAGUGCUAUCGGACAGCAGGUGUUAUCGUAUGCCGGAUCUGACCAUCUUGACUACCCCCGGCUUCGUUUCGGAUGGUUGCUGCUUGUAGCAAAGCUGCCGAGUCGUGGAAAAGAGCACCUCGCCCAAGUAUGCGUUACGCUAGAGGCCGACCCUCGAUAUCGUCUUACCAAGACGGAAAUAUGUCGGCUCUUUCUAGCCUAUAUCCACACGCACACCCCUCUGAGGAAAGCCGCCUUUUUGUACAACAGGCUCCAUGAUGGCGACGCAACUAUCUAUCGGUCGCUUAGCAUUGGAUUCUGGGGCUCGGAUCAGUCCCACCACGUCAGGAGCUUUGCCGAGUUCCUCAUUCAUCUCGGUCGAGAACAUGAUAUCAUUGAGCUCGCGAAAGGGGUCCGGAAUGUUGUCCCGACCGAUCUCGCUUUGUUAGCGAACCUUGCGAUUGGCAUGGGCAAGCCCUUCCUAGCUAUCAAAUUUUUCUCUAUAUACGGGUAUAGCAAGAGGCACACUGACCCUCAAGGUUUCUGGCGGUCUUCUUACGCAACUCGAGCAAUAACCAGUCUGGCGAAUACUCACGCGUUCGACUACGAGAAACUCCUGGUCGCCCUAAAAAUAUGUCCAAGCCCGCCCACGAGACGUCGCGUUCGUACAGGUGACAGUCGUGGCGAGGCCGGUUCGAGGGGGCGGCGUCAACCGUAUAUUCUUAGGCAAGAGCAGAUCCUGAAAACCGCUAAAGCAGCAAUGAUAAUGGCACGUGCGCCGAACCUCACGAACAGGAACGCUUUUGCUCUCCUCUCGAAAUGUGUCAGAUAUCUUCGUGGCCACAACUCGGUUAUACACCCAGUGGUUCUGCGAUCUCUACUCCAUAACAUCACGAGAGAUCUAGCCGAGGGCCGACCGGGUAAGACUGCCCGGUUGCGAUGGUUUUUGUACCUACUGCGGAAAGAGGCUGGGACCGAUGAGAUGUUGCGCACUGGACUGGCCCUUAGACGGUGGCGGACAUUCAACUUCUACUUGGCCCGACAAGGCCAUGGGCAUGAGGGACGUUGA